CGACUAGGAGAAAUGGAUAGAAAACUUAGGCAGACUAAGAUCAAGUACCAAAAUGAUAUUGCUCCAGAGUGGUCAUCAUCCAACUACAACCCACCAUGGAAUGCUGACAGUACGCAACUGACUGAACUCUUUCAUGGCGGGUUCCAAACGAUCAGGUCCCUUGAAAAGGAUGUAUUCAUCACUCAUCUAGCAACACCAAACUUUGCCACGUAUGCUCAAAGUAUGAUGAAGAAGGAGACUAAAACAACAACUGAUGAACUGCGACUCGUCAAAGAGAAUUUAGAGAAGUUGCUUUUGAACUGUGAUGGAAAGAGCAGACGAGGGAGUACAUAUACCGAGAAGGCCUUUAAUUUUGUCGUAGCACUAUAUAUCCAGGGAAAAAUUGGUGGAGGUGGCCGGCAUUCGGUGGUCUAG